CCGCCGGGGCUGGGCGGGGCCGGGAGAACUAGCGGCAGGAGCGGCUUCCGCCCGGUGAGGCAGGCGGCGGGGCGGGGAGCCGAGCCCGGGAGACGCUGCUGGGCCUGCGCCGCCGGACCCCUGGUGGGAAUGCUGCCCCGCAGGCCCAGCGAUGCUGCCCUCAGGGAGAAGAUCAAGGAGGCCACCCGCAGGGACAUCUUGGCUGCGGAUCUGAAGUGCAGCCUCUUUGUCUCCGCUUUGCAGAGCUACAAGCGUGAUUCCGUCCUGAGACCCUUUCCAGGCCUCUAUGCUAACGAGGAGAGCAAGGAUUUUGAUGCGUUGCUUGCAGAUACAAAUGCUUUGCCAAGCUUAAAAGAACUUCCAGAGUCUAAUUCAGACACAGAUAAAAGGACCUGGGAUCUGUUUAGCUGGAUUUUAUCAUCUAAAUUCUUAACUAUACAAAGUACUAAGAAAAAGGAGUAUGAGAAGAUCCAAGAGUUGACAGGAAUGUCAAGUGAUGCUGUUCCUACUCCUGACUUCCUCUUUGAAAUAGUGUAUUGUGAUCAGAUGAAUGCUAAAUUUGAUGAAACCAGGGGAGAAAGGAACCUUAUUUAUGCAUUCCAUGGGAGUCGCCUUGAGAACUUCCAUUCCAUACUGCACAAUGGAUUACAUUGCCAUUUAAAUAGGACAUCCUUGUUUGGCGAAGGUACCUACCUUACCAGUGAUCUAAGCCUUGCUCUUCUGUAUAGCCCUCAUGGUCUUGGGUGGCAACGCAGUGUUCUGGGCCCUAUCCUUAGCUGUGUAGCGGUUUGUGAGAUUAUCGAUCAUCCAGAUGUAAAAUGCCAGGUGAAGAAGAAAGAUUCAGAAGAAAUAGACAAGAAAAGAGCAAGAGUAAAAAACAGUGAAGGGGGUGAUGUUCCACAGAAAUACUUCGUUGUCACAAACAAUCAGCUUUUACGAGUUAAAUACUUAUUAGUAUAUUCACAGAAACAACACAGGAGGCCUUCUAGUCAGUUGUCUUGGUUUUCCAAUCAUCGUUUUGCUAUAAUGAUGAUGAUGUAUCUACUACUGCUAAUUGUUAUAGGUGCCAGCAACUCACCGGCCUUCCUCUACUACUGGAAUAGAAUGUUUGACUCAGAAGGAUGAACAGGCUGGUUUAUAUGCUGUUAUGUUCACCAUGUGCCUUAAUGAUAGGAGAUCUACAACCUACUGCAUCUGGACCAGCGCUCUGGAAAUGGGGUCUUGAGCAUUUGGUUAUAUUCCAGUUGCAUUUCCUUCACGGCCCCCUUUCCGUUUUUUCUUGUUUAAGUCGUUUUGUUUCUUUGAGUAAUGAGGGAGCCUGAUAGGCUGAAAAGGGAGCUGCCAAUCUUGCCCUAGGGACGCUGAAGUAGAAUGUGAACAGUUCUGUACAGACAUGUUUUAGUCAAUGCUCUAAGAAAAAGCUUUAUUUAAAAUUAAUGAAAACUUUAACGUGGAAACUAUCGGGCCAUAGCUGCUGGCUUGACGUGGUCUCCAUCAUACACAUUUCUAGUUUGGUUAAGUUUCUCUCAGCACCCCUGUAUUGAGGGUGUUUAUUCUCUGCCAGAUUAAAAAAGCAAUAUUUAUUUAUAACGCUAUUGGAAGGGAGGAAUUCUCUUUACCUCACACAAAGGUAAACCUGCAGUAGGUUUUAUUGCUUUGACUUGAGAAACCCUGUGUGUCUUUACUGAAGUGCUGUUUCUCAUGUGAUAAAGCAGGAUCAUCUUAAUUACAAUUUUUGACAGGGGAUUAUAUUUGGGCACAGUGAUUGUAACAAAACAUUAUAAAUAAAACAGUAACCAAGUUGGAAGGAUCUGGA